GGAAAAUAAGGACAAUGACAUAAAAGUGGAGGACAUAUCUGAAGAAGACAACAGGGAAGAGUACAGCUUGGAGUAUAAUGAGACAUCACCGCGAGGUGAAGAAAUCCCUGACCGUCAAGGUGAAAGGGAAACAUGUUGGUCGAGGAACGGUGAGAUAGCCUGGUCAUCAUCACCGUAUGGCAAUCAAAGAAGAAUGAGUGCACACUGGGCGAUAAGGAUGACCCCGGGACCCACUACCUUAGCAGUUUCCAAGGCCCGGGAUAUUGCCUCGACCUUUCGUCUUUUCAUUACGCCAGCCAUUGAAAAAAUCAUCCUGGAGAUGACCAACAUGGAGGGUUUCCGCAAGUGUGGAGAAGGCUGGAAGACAGUGGACGAGAUGGACCUCCGUGCCUACAUGGGCCUGCUGAUAUUAGCCGGCGUGUACAGGGCCCGAGGCGAGCCCACCGCCAGUCUCUGGAGUGCCGAAACUGGAAGGGCCAUUUUCCAUGCCACGAUGCCCCUGAGAACCUUUAACACUUUCUCAAGAAUGAUCAGGUUUGACAACCGUGAGUCGAGACCCGGGCAAUGCGUCCCGGACAAACUGGCACCGAUCAGGGACGUCUGGGAGAAGUGGACGGAGCGUCUGCCUUGUCUGUACAACCCCGGGCCGGAAGUGACGGUCGCCGAGCGGCUCGUCCCAUUCAGAGGUCGCUGUCCUUUCCGGCAGUAUCUUCCCAGGAAGCCCGGUCGGUGUGGAGUCAAGAUAUGGACGGUCUGUGAUGCGCGAUCCAGCUACGCUUGGAACAUGCGGGUGUGCACGGGAAGGGCGGCCAGUGCAGCCUCGGAAAAGAGUCGAGGCGUGCGUGCCCUGCUGGACAUGACCAAAGGACUGCGGGGGUGCAAUAUUACAUGCAACAGAGUCUUCACCUCAUACGAGCUGGGCCAGGAGCUCCUGAAGAGGAAGAUGACCAUGGUGGGUGAGGUCAUGAAGAACAAGCCCGAACUCCCCGCUGCAGUCCUCACGAUGAAGGGGAGGGCAGUCGCGUCCUCCAGGUUUGCCUUCACGCCCACCACCACUCUUCUUUCUUACUGUCCGAAGAGGAACAGGAGCGUGGUCCACUUGAGCACCCUGCACACGGACGCUGACGUCAGGGGUUGCGAGGACAGGAAGCCGGCCAUCGUCAUCGACUACAACCAUAACAAAGGAGGAGUGGACAACCUGGAGAAGGUGACCAGAACUUACAGUUGUAAGAAGGCGACCGCCCGCUGGCCCCUGGCCAUCUUCUACAAUAUCAUCGACGUGACCGCUCACGACGCCUUCGUCAUCUGGAACGAGGUCAACCCAACCUGGAUGGCCGGCGGGCAGAACAAGAGGAGAGUGUUUUUGGAGCAGCUGGGGAGGGCUCUCGUGACCCCCCGCAUCCAAAGGAGGACGCACGUCCCACGGACGGCGACCUCGGCCGCCCUCGUGAGAGCCGUCCAAUGGGUCGAGCACGGUCCCGUUCCGUCCGAGAUCCCGUCUGCCGCGGUCAGGGCAGGCAAGCGGAGGAGAUGUUAUUUCUGCCCGACGAAGAAGGACUGCAAAACAAACACGAUGUGCUGCAAGUGCGAGAAGUACAUCUGUAACGUCCAUGCUUGCAGACUGGCAUUCUGUCGUGCUUGCACUGAGUAGAGAAAUGUGCAGGCAUGUACUGGGCUCCCAAAUGCUUCGUGAAAUAAUACGGCCAGUUCAAGAAUGUUAUUACUAUGUUUUCCUUUCAGUAAAAUGCAUUAAAAUCUGAA